AUGUCUCAGCUCGCCCGCGCUAGCCUGACUGCGGUGGCGAUGCUCCUCCUCCUUGCCGCUGCUGCGGCGGCGGAGGGGCCAGCAGGCUGCCAGGACGACGUUGUGGCGCUCAACGAGGCCUGCUACCAGUACGUGCAGAAGGGCGCGCCGACGGUGCCGCCGUCGCAGGAGUGCUGCGACGCCGUGCGGCGCGUGGACGUGCCCUGCGUCUGCAGCUACCUGGGCAGCCCCGGCGUGAGGGACAACAUCAGCAUGGAGAAGGUGUUCUACGUCUCCCAGCAGUGCGGCGUCAGCAUCCCUGGCAACUGCGGAGGAUCGAAGGUCUGA